GGAUCUGUAUUCUUUUUUAAUAAUAGUAACUGCAAUUUAGUUAAUAUUACUUUCUCAUUUAUUAUUUGUGUAAAUUGUUUUUUUCCUUUAGUAUUCCGUCUAAAAAAGGGCGCCUAAAUAUUCUUCAAUAGACUUCAAGUGUAUUUUGUGCUUUAACGGCGAAAUCUGGAGUAAGAUCAACAAUAAACAAACAGAGUUGUAUCAUAGUACUACUAUGUAACAAGACUGAAAAUUUGUGUACAAAUGAGCAUGAGGGCACAAUCAUUUUAUACUACUCAGUGGUUAUAACAAUGUAUGAUGAUUAUAAAUAAAAACAGAAUUUGCAUAAAUUCAUCACAAGCAGGGUGAAAUUUACAUAAGUUGACACUUUCUAGAUUUGAGAGAAUAUGGAAGGAUCUCGAAUACUAACGCUGAGCUCUGGUGCCACUGUGGAGUUUAACAAUGAUUUUGUGGGGUGGCUGACAGAACGAUGCCUCAAGAGUGACACCCUGCAUACCAGUUUCAUAAAUAAAACCCUGGGUGAAGAACAAAUAAAACUGCUAAAUGAGAUAGCGACCCUACUGAAUAUUAAUGUGUCCAACAAUGACAUGGAGAAAAUUAUGUGCUGGCUGCGGCGCAUAUUAUAUGUAAAGGCACAAUGUUACACUAGUGAAAACGAUUGGCUCAAAGUAGCUCCAGAUUGGCUGCUCGAAGCAGCGUUACGCCUGCGCUUGCUGCCCGUUGAACAGCUGCCGCAACCGACCGAGGGCGUGUUUAUCAGCGCAUGCGCCAUGAGGGCGUUGUUGCGGCGCGUACACGACACACGCGGCAAACUCGACGACCCGGUGCUUGAGCUCAUCUGGCAAGACGUGCGCCAGUCUGCAAUGUCGAAGCUGUGUUUACGUGUAAAUCAAGGGGACCGGGCUAUCGACCCAAAAAUUACCGCCAUGGAGUGGCGGGUUAUCGACCUCGUGCUGCUCCACUUUAGCUCAGACGAGUACCUACUAGUGACAGAGGACACGUUGGAGUCGUGCGCGCAGAAGUUCGCGCUGGUGGUGCUGUGCCAGCUGGUGCACGAGCACCGCCUGCACGAGUGCGCCGGCCGCGCCGAGCUCGCGCGCCGCUGGGGCCGCGCGCACCACGCCUACACGUCCAGAAAGUUCCACAUGUCGCUGGUGGGGCUGCAGCGGCGCUGGUUCGAGGUGCGGCGGUGCUCGAACGCGUGGCCAAAGUCCGCCUUGCGCACGCGAGUUCAACAGCUUGCCAGCAACUCGUCAGCUGCCUCCUACUCCUGGACUGAACUCGUCGCGGGCGGAAUGGUCUUCACUCACCAGGAUGCUGUCGAAAGCGAAAUCUUCCAUGCGACGUCAGAGUUGAAACUUAGCAGCGAGCCGCGUGUCUUCAUGGAAGAGAAUGGUGACGUCAUAGGCUCUGUAGAAAUUUCAAGAGAAAACACCAUGAUGAACUGUGCUUCUGACCCAAAAUACUUUGUGACGGACGGAAAUGACGUUGAACAAGCCCAAUCCACGAAGGCCACCAAUAAUAAUAGAUUACAGCGCAGGGCCGGCCGCUUCAGCUCCUUCCUUAUGUUUGAGUCUGAUGACGACCCGUGCUCUGAUGAUAAUUUGGAUAACAAUCCUAAUUCAUUAACAAAAGACGAUUCUGAGGAGGAUGUGAUUUCACUAUCAGAAGCCAUUCUGAGAAUUGAAUCUGAGGCCGUGACCGCCAAGAGACCGAAGUUGGCCAUACAUUCAAUAUCGGCUACGUUUGACCCAAAUUUUACAUCGUUUCCUUCGCCAAAUUUUCUUGAAGUAACACCCCUCCCAUCUCGUCCUCCUCUCGCUAACACCGCUCUAAAUACUGAACCAAUAGUAAUUCUGCCUGCUGAAAACUUUAAACUAGAAAGUGAAGAUUCAGAAUCCAUAAGUUUAUAUCCAAAUUUAGAGAGUUCUAAGGAAGCGUCAGGUUUGCCUGAAGUGCCUCCAGAGUCAGACUGCGUAAUGUUUCAAGAAGAGAUCGAUGAAAAGCUGUUAAUGAACGCCGUAGUAGUCAUCGAGAAGAUGGACAUUGAAAAGUAUAUGGACGAGCAACGCUCUGCAAGGAAGAGCGGCAAGAAAUCAAAAUCCAUUUAUGUGGAGGAAGACGAUGAGAGUUCGCGAGACAGCGGGUCGGAGUGGUCGCCGGAGAGCGCGGAGGAGUCCGCGGGCUGGAGCUCGGACGAGGCGUGCGACGGCCGCAUGGAUGAGGCGCUGCGCCCCGUCACGCUGCGCAACAUCGACGAGGUGCGCCGCCGCGCCCAGCGCAAGCUCACUGCGCAGGUCGCGCCCGUCACGCCCGCACCCGCCGCCACCGCCGCUACCGCCACCGCCGCUACCGCCAAUACCGCCACCGCCGCUACAGCCACUACCGCCACCGCCGCUACAGCCACUACCGCCACCGCCGCUACAGCCACUGCCGCUGACGCCACAAUCUUACAGGCGAGCGGUUUAGAAGGCGAUGCAAUGGCGCCACUCGUUGACAACGAUACAGUCGUGCCGCCUGUCGCCGUAGAGGUCAGGGAGUACUGUCCCUUGGGUUUGAAGACGACGCGGCUGCGGUAUGGGCAGGCCAUGUACCGGCGCGAGAUGGACGCCAUGUUCGCCCCCAAGGACCGCGAGAAACGCGCACGCGCCGCCGCAGCCAAAAGAAAAGCUCGGCGACGGGAAAAGAAGAUGAGACUGAAGCUAGAAGAGCAAAAGAAACGUGAAGCAUCUGCGAAGGACGACAUGAGUGAAUGGAUCCGACAGCGCAACUUGAACUCGCUUUACUUCGGCCCCGUGCCGCUCCCGCUCCCCGCUGCGAAGGCCGUCGAGCAGCGCAGGAGUUCCAACCCGAGCGUCGGCGCCGACAAGCUCACUCCAAGGCGCGAAGCGCGCGCCACUUCCCUAGGAAAGGAGUCUGCGCCUACCUCUACUACCUUAACACAAAAUAUAUCCACCUCGGUACAGGCACAAAGUCCGAUUCUUACUCAUGCCUUAACCUGCACUGCUGACCAAGCCACGAGUGUGCCGCCAUCUUCCCCGCAUUCGGGAAUCCUGCGUAUCGUUCCGGACGAAUCAAUAGAGCCGAGUGCACCUACUAGUUCAUUAAAUUCUGAGCCACCCACUGAGGACCGGCCGCAAGACGCCGAGACCUCGGCAACCUCGGCAUCAGAUCAAUCAGUGCCUCCGGUUGUGCGACUAGUUGUCAGCCUCCCGGUGUGUCCCGACCCAUCAAAGGUGCCGACGGAUUGUGCGGCGCUGUGGCCGGUCCAGAUUUUCCCAGCGCUGCCGCAACCGGGAGAGAGCAAUGAAACCACUGAUGCUGCUGUUGUGAAGAUUGAUGAGAAUAGAUCUGCGUCAGAAACACAAGACAAUGGUGAAUGUAGUAAAAAAGACAAGUCGAAGGGAGUUGAGGAUCCGCCUGCUAAAAAUAGUAAUCUUUUACGGGCAUUAACCGGGCUUUAUUCGAGAGUUGACGCGUCCACGCCUCCUCCGCUGGUUGAGUUGACGUCAAAGAGCUCGAACGUGAUCACGUUAGAGCGGGAGGUAUUUGGUAAUCUGAAUACGAUGACUGCGCUCGAGUAUAUUCAAGGCGGGGACGGGUCGCUGCUGAAGAUCAUCUGUAAGCCGGCCUCCACGCCGUUCUGGAUCGUCUCCGGCGAAUACCUCGUGCUCGCGGAGGAAUCCGAAGAAAUGAUGCUGCAAGGGCUGGCGUACUACACGCUGGCGCCGCCGGCGGAGAUCAAGCGCAUCAUCUUCACUCGCACCGAGGCGGAGUCGGCCGAGGCGGCCAGCGCGCCGCGCCGCCUCGCCGUGCAAGGCAAGCUGUACCGCAAGCUGAGCAGCGCGCCGCUGCGGUACGCGCAGGUGCUGUGCGCCGCGCGCAGCCUGCAGCACGCGCGCCGCCUGCACCGCCGCCGCCCGCUGCUGCUCUACCACGCCGCGCGCCGGGCGCUCGCGCCGCUCGUGCGCUUCGAACAGCUGCUGCACAUCUACAACAAAGAUGCCAACGAGGAAAUAGUACUCGAUGACUGACGACAUGUGCAUGCAACAGAAAUAGGUGAAUUUAAUGCAACGCACAUUAUUAGGCAAUAAUUGACUUUAGGCCACAUUGGUACUUGUACAUAUCCUUGGAGUUCGACGUAUUUUAAACUAUAAGGUAUAAGUGUGUCUGUGACAUGCAAGACGCCUUUAUCUAUAGCAGGAUGUCCGAACCUUAUAUUCAUUCCGCCGCUUCGAAUUAAAAUAUUUUUAUACUAAACUUUUUAAACGCAAAUUAUUUUAAAACAUUUAUUUUACUUAGCACAUAUAAAAUAAAUAUUUGUCCAAUAAAAAAUAUAACGAAAUAAUUUAUUGUAAAUAGAGACUAAUGGGGUACGAGAACUUGCAUGUUUACAGCAGAUCUAUCGUCAAGCCACUAUCGUCUCUAUCACUUAGUUUCAAUCAAAAUCAGAGCUGAAAAAGCUGUCUCACAUAAUUAUGUCGAAGAUAAGGAACAUUCACAAAGCUAGAGAAGCAACUGUCGAAUUAAGAAGAAAAUUGUUUUAAUACUCCAAUUUGUCGAAGUCACGCCCCACCACUUUUUUAGCCUGGGUGUUGCGGGGUGUCGCGGGGUGAGGGGACUGAUUAAAGCCUCAGCCAAGACGCUAUUCGUCGGAGUGUGCGUGUGCACUCAUGCUGCUCACGCGCACUGUAAGCGACUAAGGAAAGUAGUGGGGCGCGUCUUCGUGGAUAAGACUGCGGUUUUAGUGGAGUGCUAUGUGGGCACGCGGCGUCGUCGAACGUUCAUACUAUGAAAUUGUAAAGACGUCUAGAAUUGUACUAGGUAUUAUUAUUUUUAAGAUAAUUAAAUAUAUUAUUAAAAAUGAUUGAAAAUAUGUAGUACUAAAUAAUUUCAAUUACAUUACAUGCCGUACAUUUAUGACGAUGAUUUGUUUGUUGUUGUUGAUUUUAGAUAAGUAUAGAUUGCGUGCAUUUUAUAUCAAUCAUGGUGUUAUAUUUAGAAAUAAUAAUUAAUAAACAAGUUUUUAAGUUAUCGUUAAAUUAAACUUAAAAAAUGUUAAGUGUUCAAUAUUAUAAAUGGCUAAAGUAAAACUUUAAUAUAGUGUUUUUGAUAGUUCUUUGAUGGCAGCCACCAUGGGAUCCAUCGGAUAUUAUUUUAAAUCACUAAUCUUAAGUCAAUUAGCAAUACUUAUUGUAAUAUACUGUUAUUGUAAGUGCUAUGAUCAUAUGGUAAUAGAGUCAACAAAUUGUGCAUUUAAAAAAAUACUGUACUAAUAUACAAUCAGGAAAUAUAUUAUGCACUAAAUAUUAAUAAGGUUAUCGCCGAAAAAUAUUAAAAUUAGACAAAAUACCCGAUCGAUAAUACCCGUGCUUAGACUAUCUAGAAACGACGCGAUCCUAUUGCUGCGAACAAAAAUUUCUACCACUUUCCAUGUACCUACUAUAUAGAUAGUGCAACACUACUUUACCCAUUUGUGUCAUUAUAAACGCACACAUGAAUAAAUGAAACAUUUGUAUGUUUUACGCACACUACAACAGUUUUUAUGAAUGUGUGAGCGUUUGCUCGUACUACUUUGGCAGAAAAGAAAGGUUAUACGUGAAGGGUCCUUUAUAUAUUGUCUGUCUAAUAAGUUCUUUAUAUAUUAUUUAAGUGCGUUAAUAUUAUAUAUAUUAUCUAAGGUUUUGGCGAUACUCUAGUUGCGUGUCGAGACAAAUGUCCGCAGGUUCAAAACCCAGGGGCACACACCUCUGACAAUUCUAAAAUUAUGUGUGUAUUCAUUGUGAAUUAUCUCUUGCUUUAACGGUGAAGGAAAACAUCGUGAGGAAACCUGCACACCUGAGAAGUUCUCUAAUAGGAAUUAUAUAGGUUGUGUGAAGUCCACCAAUCCGCACUAAGCUAUCGUGGUGGACUAAGGCGUAAUCCCUCUCUAGAGGAGCCCCGUGCCCAGCAGUGAGACAGUAUAUAACACAGAGCUGAUAUUAUUUAAGUGCAUUCAUAUUUUAGUUUCUAAACAAAUAGGUUAGAGCCUCUUAGGCAGGAAGAUGAAGCAGAAUAACCAAAUAUACAUAUGUGACGUCACACAUGACCUAAUCAUGGUCAUCAUCAAUCGUAAUCAACAGUAUGUUAUUUAUAUAACUGCAAAAAUACUGUAUAAUUUGUAUUGUUUGCAUUACAUAUUUUAUUGUAACAACCUUUUAUAUUGUUUGCAUUACAAAUUUUAAUGUAACAACUGUUAAGAAGCCAAUUUUCGGAGGCGCACUCAAAAUACUAGAUUAGUAUCAGUCAGUAUAAAAUUGACGUAUUGUGUAAAAUAUCUUUGCAUGAAAUCUCUCAUAAUAUAAUUAAAAAUAUAAAAUAGUUUUAAUUAACAUCGGGUUUUAACGCUCCGGGUUUAAAAGUAACAAAAUAUCAAUAAACUAUUUUUAUACGUACACGCACUGAAUGUUACUGUACAGUUUGUAAAACCUCUAUGUUUUCUUUUUAUGCAUGUUGAAGGUCAUUAAGCCGUAUGUCUAAUUAAGUAUUCUUUUUAAGUCUGAAUAUUUGUAAGUAAUAUUUUUUAAAUAAAUCAUGUUCAUAAAA